GAAGUCUUAAUGUUUUGAGCACUAUUGAAUCAAUCUUGUGGCUUUGUUCAACCUCGUAUUUCUAAUUUCUUACAUAUUUCAUGUGCAGGAACUUCACUGAGCUUGACAUACAGGAGAAUGGCAUUGAUGAUAAAGAAGGCAGUUGGUUGAGCUGCUUCCCGGAAUGCUUCACAUCAUUGGAAGUACUAAACUUUGCCAACUUGACUAGUGAUAUUAAUUUCGAUGCACUUGAAAGGAUUGUAUGUAGGUGCAGGUCAAUGAGGGUUUUAAAGUUGAACAGGAGCAUAUCCUUGGAACAAUUACAAAGACUUCUUGUUAAUGCUCCCCAAUUAGCUGAGCUUGGUACGGGCUCAUUCUCGCAAGAACUUACUUUCCGCCAAUAUGAAGAGCUUGAAAGAACAUUAAGUACUUGCCGGAAUAUACAUACACUAUCUGGUUUGUGGGAGGCCAAGGUCAUGUAUCUCCCUGCCUUAUACCCUGUGUGCACGGAUCUGACAUUCUUGAACUUGAGCUAUGCUGCUUUGCAAAGGGGUGAACUCACUAAGCUUCUUGCUCACUGCCCACGACUUAGACGCUUCUGGGUCUUGGACACAGUAGAAGACAAAGGGCUGGAGGCCAUUGGAUUGAACUGCCCUUUGCUUGAGGAACUACGAGUUUUCCCUGAUGAUCCCUUUGAUGAGGAAAUCAUCCAUGGAGUCACUGAAGCUGGGUUUCUUGCUGUGUCUUAUGGUUGCCCCAGACUGCACUAUGUCCUUUAUUUUUGUCGGCAGAUGACUAAUGCUGUGGUAGCAACCAUUGUACAGAACUGCCCUGAUUUGACACAUUUCCGUUUAUGCAUAAUGAACCCAGGUCAACCAGAUUAUCUCACAAAUGAACCCAUGGAUGAAGCUUUUGGUGCUGUGGUUAAGACAUGCACUAAACUUCUAAGGCUUUCGGUUUCUGGUCUCUUAACUGACCUGACAUUUGACUAUGUUGGUAGGUAUGCUAAGAACUUGGAGACCCUUUCAGUUGCUUUUGCAGGGAGCAGUGACUGGGGGAUGCAGUGUGUUCUGGGAGGUUGUCCAAAACUAAGGAAACUUGAGAUAAGAGACUGCCCAUUCGGAAAUGCUGCACUGCUGUCAGGUUUCGAGAAGUACGAGUCCAUGAGGUCACUUUGGAUGUCAGCCUGCAAUGUGACAAUGAAUGGUUGUAGGCUAUUGGCAAGGAAGAACCCUAGGUUGAAUGUUGAGGUAAUGAAGGAGGAUGGAAGUGAUUAUGCUCAAGCUGAUAAAGUCUAUGUUUAUCGUUCGGUUGCUGGUCCAAGGAGGGAUGCCCCACCAUCUGUGCUUACUUUCUGAA